AUGUUCACGGCCAUCUACAUCUCGAAUCAGGAGCUUACUCCGGUUGAGAAGCUAUAUUACCUCAACCAAAAAACCAAAGGAGAAGCCAAAGACAUUGUGAUGGAGAGUGAAUGUGGUAGCUCUAUUAAAAGAUUGCAGCGUGAUAUCAACAAUUGUUUGUCAUCCCUCAAGAGUCAUCAAAUUGACAUUUCAAAUUGGGACUCAAUUGUUAUAUAUCUUUGCUUGACUAAACUGCCUGACAGCACUUUGGCUCUAUGGGAGCAAACCAUAGACCACACAGGCGAUUUACCGAAGUGGGAAGAUAUGGAUAAGUUCCUAUCUAAUAGGUUCCAAACCCUGGAAACCCUGACAGGCUUAAAGGGUACAAAAGCAGUUAAGGCACCAAAGCCGCAAAACAAUAAAAACCCUUCAGAAGCCCAUACCAAAAGACUUGGUGCAUUCCAAGCAAGCGUGACCAAGUUCACUUGUACAAUGUGCCAAACGAAUGAGCACAAACUACGCCGCUGUUCCAAAUUCUUGAAGCUUACGCCUGACGAGAGGUUUAAUUACUUAAAGAGCAACAACAGUUGCCUGAAUUGUUUGAGUGCUGCACAUACCGUGACGAGGUGCACAAGCCCCUUUAAUUGCAGCAUGUGCCACUCGCGACAUCACUCGCUCCUGCACAUUCAGACAAAUGUGCCAAAGGCAACAGCGGCUCGAACGCCGCCGGGACCUGCCAAUAACACCGCAUCCUCCUCUCAGCAGGCUCCAGCAAAGCGCAGCUUUAAUAAUAGAACACAUAACAAUAAAAGCAAAGACGUUAAGUCUUGUUAUGCUAACACAAAUUCAGGUGUGCUCUUAGGAACAGCUCGCGUAAAUAUACGUCUCAAUGGCACAGAUUUUUCUGCUCGAGCACUUAUUGACUCUGGUUCUGAGUGUUCGUUCAUAACAGAACGACUCAAACGCAGAAUCAACCUGCCAGCUAAGAGGAUGCAUGCCCAAGUCUCGGGCAUUACGAAUGCAACCUCUGCGCAGGUCAAAGAGGCAUGCAGCAUAGAACUUCGAUCCCCUGUUGAUCCAUUGUUCAGCCUGCAUGCAACAGUGCUCGUCCUAACAAGACUAACCGGAAAUCUACCAUCCUGUCAUAUCAGCGCUAUGACUAUGCAGGCAUUUCCAGGUCUUGCUCUAGCUGAUAAACGGUUCUACGUGAAUGAAGAAGUAGACCUUGUACUUGGCGGAGACAUUUAUCCCCAAAUUAUUCUAUGCGGCUUGAAGAAGAAUGUACUCAGUACACUUCUCGCCCAAGAAACAGUGUUCGGUUGGAUAUUAACAGGAUGCACAGAUGCACCCAAUCCAACCAACAAUAUAGUUUCGUAUCACAGUGAAGUUGCCUUGGACAAACAACUAACUGCAUUCUGGGAACUCGAAGACAUACCAAAAAACAAAAGCUUGAACGAAGACGACAAAUACUGUGAAAAACUUUAUCGGGAGACAACUCGUAGACGAGAAGACGGAAAAUACGUAGUCUCGCUACCAUUCAGGCAGGAAUUUCCCGCAAACAUCUGCCUAGGCCCUUCUCUUAAAAAAGCAUGCUCUCAGUUCUUCCGGAAUGAGACACGGCUUGCAAAGGAUACCGUCCUACAAAAAGAGUAUAAUAGGGUACUAGCUGAAUAUGAAUCACUAGGACACAUGUCCAGAAUAAAUGAUAGUAUUUCAGCAAACACUUCCGAUAACUACUUUCUGCCUCACCACGCUGUCAUAAAGGCAGAAAGUACCUCCACUAAAGUUCGAGUCGUCUUUAAUGCCUCAAGUACAACGGCUAAUGGCACAAGUCUGAACGACGUACUUCUCCCAGGUCCAGUUCUCCAAGCAGAUCUUCCGAUCCUUAUACUCCGCUGGAGGUUAUACAGAUACGUUUUUAAUAGUGACAUCGAGAAGAUGUACCGACAAAUUUGGGUGGAUAGCAACCAUACCAAAUAUCAGCGGAUAGUUUACCGUACAAACCCGAACGAACCUGUAAGUCUAUACGAAUUAAAGACUGUCACUUUCGGGAUUAAUUGUGCUCCUUACCUCGCGAUAAGGACACUUCUACAACUGGCUGACGAUGUAGAAAGUUCUUCCCCAAUAGCAUCUAACAUACUUCGGAAAUGCAUGUAUGUGGAUGACGUGCUAGCUGGAGGACAUAGCAUCGACUCUACCGUAAAAGCAAGAGAUGAAAUCUCGGAAGUACUACGGUCAGCCGGUUUUCCGCUAAGGAAAUGGACCUCAAACUGUGCGGAAAUUCUAAAGGACAUCCCAAAAACGGAUCUACUCAGUGAAGACUUUUUGGCAUUCGAAGAUACCAGCACGGUUAAGGCUCUUGGCAUAAGAUGGAAUGCCCAUACCGAUCUAUUCUAUUUCAUGGCAAGACCAUUGGAGGACCGCGAGACACCUACAAAAAGGGCGAUACUAUCAGCUAUCGCCAAGCUAUUUGAUCCGCUAGGAUGGCUUGCUCCAAUAGUCGUCGUGGCCAAAAUAAUCAUGCAGAGUAUUUGGCUAGAAGGCACAGACUGGGAUGAAACUGUGUCUUCUACUACUAUGGAACGAUGGCACAAUUUUACCAAACAUUACCAUGAAAUAGACAAUAUUAGAAUACCUCGAUGGGUACACUUCGCACCAGGAGAUGACAUCGAGAUACAUGGUUUCUGCGACGCAUCGGAAAAAGCAUAUGCGGCUACUGCAUACAUGCGCGUCAAAAGAGAUGACAAAGUUUUGGUCAGCCUACUUUUGGCAAAAACCAAAGUAGCUCCUGUCAAAACAAUAUCGCUACCACGACUAGAGCUUUGCGGAGCCGUACUGCUCGCGGAAAUCAUAGAAUCAGUAAUCAGGAACCUCAACCUAGGAUCUACCGAGAGCUUUGAGAGUGUUAACAUAUGUCAUGAGAUUCUAUCGAAGAACUCACCCGAAAACUAA